AUAGCGGAUUUCUAAAGGUGAGUAAUCAUAAAUUUAGUAAAAGUUGGUAAGGAGUAUGUUAAACAUGUUAUACGUAUAAUAUAUAAAAUAUUAUAAUAAUAUUUAGAUUUGUCAUAAACAAUUAAUAUCAAGAGAAUAUCGAAAUAUAUGCAUUAAAACCAAUUACAAUGUGCCAAAAACGAAAAUAAAAACAACAAUGAAGAAAAUGUGCAACGUUAUGGUUUUAUAUGUUACAUACACGCGUUUAUAGAUUAAGACAUGUCGUAAAAUUAAGUCUAAUGUAGAAAGCUAUUUGUGUUAUAAAUGUAAGUGCGUAUGCUGUAUAUACUAUCAAUUCAAGUGAACAAAUUCAAAAACUUUUGGAGAUAUAUAUUGUUUAUUGAAAUAAUGUAGGAUUAAUAACUUUCCAUAUUUACAUAUUUAUUUCUAUAAGCAAAAACAGUUGCUUAUGAAACAACAAACAGUUAUAUAAUGGUCGCAUUAUUUUUACAACUUUUAUAGGAUGAUAUGCGCUCUAUCUUGAAAGAUUUGCUCCAAUACUUAACAUACAGCGAACCUAUCGGCGAAUACGUUCUUACUACGUGGUUGCGCCAAGAGGCUAUAAGAUGGGCUUGUAUUUUUGGUGAUAAGUUGUGUCAACGAAUUGCUAAUGUUAGGUUGAAGGAACACUUAGAAGAUCCCUUAAAUUUCAAACUUUCGCCGGAAUGGAGAGAAUGGACGUACUGUAAAGGUGCGAUGAUAGCGAAUCGGGAUGUUUUGUUGAAAUUGGAAAAAUUAUCACACAUAGAUGAUUAUAAAAUGUUUAAUUAUAUUUCAUGCGUUGAAAAACCUCGUCGUGCUAUCGAUAUUUUCUUCAAUUCAUCUCUUAAGUGGAAUAACUAUCCCACCGUUUUCUGUUAUGUCAUCUUUGUUGAUUAUGCAGUGGAACAUAUAGACGAAAUCACAAGAAUUAUAAAGGCGUACAAUGCUCCAGCUUCAAUUAAAAAUAAACUAUUAUUUAUUAGUAUAAAUCAUUUAUUUUCUGAAGAUACACUUGUACAGGUACAUAAGGUUUAUGAUAGAAUUAAUAUGUUUUAAUUUGCUGAUACUAUGCUUUGAUAUGAUUGUUUUGUUAUUAGCUUUAUUUAGUAGUACAUAUGCAUAUACAUAUAUACACACAUCACAUGAAUAAUAUCUAAUUAUAGUAGUUGUACUAUAAAUAAUAUUUAUGACAAAAUCUUAUCCUGACUUUACUACAAAAUUUAUAUAUAUUUUUAUUGUUGGAGUUUGUUACUUGUCAUAGCAAUAUAUUGACAUUAUGAUUUUUAUUUACGUGAUUUUAAAAUCUGUUUUAGAUGAGCAUCAAUCUGCGGGAAUAUGGAUCCAAGGCACCAAAAAUAUGUGAUAAUCUUGAUGGUGUUAUCGAAAGACGCUUGCGUCAAAUUAGGUACCAAAAAGAGAGACUUAGAAAGUUAAAAGAGUAGUAAUUGCCUAUUGGUAAUUGUUGCUAAUUGCUUAAAUGUAGGAGUAGGAAACAAAGUGUUUAUCCAAUUGUAAUAAAUAAUUGUUAUACUUUUACGCAUAGUUGUUUAUAAGUUUUAUUAGUUAUUUAUUAAUGUUGUUAUAUAUAAUCAAUAAUAGUUAAUGUUUAAUAAAUUGAUUUAUUACGAAGUAUUCAAUGUGUUUAAUUCUUGAGUUUUUCUCGAUCAUCUCGAGCAUCUCGAUGGAUUAUUUUUCAACUUGUUUCAUGUAUUUUACGAAAGGAUCAUUGUGCCUAGUGUAGCGGGGGUUCCAUGAACCAUAUAUCAGUGUAGAUAGCGAUAUAAAUGAGAUCAUUCAGUAUCACGUAUACAAAGCUCUGAGGUAUACCCUUAGGACAUGCUAAGCUUGCUACGUGUGCGCCGCUGCGCUGACACGAAUUUUCUGCACGGGGCUCGUACAUGCAAGCAUGACCGCAGAUAUUAACGAGCGUGAGUGCGCCCGCGGCGUGACAUGUGACACAAUGUGCCGCGUGUGAUAGAAGAGUUCCAUGCUAGUAUGACGCUAAGGGGAGCAAGUAAUAUCGCGUCGUCAUACUGUAAUAAUCUCGUCUACCGGCUUGGCCUGGCGGAAUUUCGUUACCGCGUUGCUUCGUAUCGCGACAGAAAGACGAAGAGAAAAGCUCAAGAAGGGAGACGAAAAGGGGAGAACAACAACAAGAGAAUUACGAGGGGGAUCACCUGAACGGAAGUCGCGAUUUUUCCCGUCGCCCUUAAUCUCGAUAUUGCUGCUGUCGUUACGUAACAUCGAUUAAAAGAUUAAAUUGCUGUCACGUCACCGUUAUUGCGUUUCAAAUGUAUUCCGCGGACGUGUGUUUCGUUCCUCGUGCGAAACGAUGCUCCCAAGUGAGCGUUCAGCACUGAUUUUCGUCUCUGUAGCUCAACAACGCGUAUAAAUGCGCUCCAUUACGCGCAGCUCGUGAGACCGUAGAUUCAGGAUAGAACGCGUUACCCUUUCGUACAACACGUGCGCGCAUCUCGUAAUAACACGCGCACGUUGCGCACGCAUGAACGGUAGCGGCAAGUGCUAUCUACCUCUGUAGGUGCAAUGUAAUCACGAAAUUGCAAACUCGAGAGCCACUUGCAACGGCAAGAGUCCGAUGGAGUCUCCCCGUUGAAGCGCGCGGCGCGGAACUGGCCACCCCCGACGACGAUCUCGAAAACGUCGGUUUACGACGCGGCGAUUAGUUGCGACGUAACGCUCGACUGUUGUAACUGAGCCGGACGGGAAAAUAUCGCGAUUGCGUGGUGGAUACAACAAUCUGAUUUCAAAUUUUCCUUUCCCCAGUGGAGCUUUAAAGCGCGCCCUUAGAGCACGAGUUGCUCGAUUGUACCGCGGCACGCAAAUGUACUUUUUUCCGCACUCCGGCUUCGAUCUACGUACCUACGAAAUUGCAGACCGGAUAAAUUAGUAGUCCGAAUGAAUGAUAUUACGUUAAUGCAGCAAUUGUCUAUAAAUUUGGUAACGCUGUUUACAUGCACGCUGUGUAAACGGCGGGCGCCGGUAUUAAAGUGAUUUUCAAUGUCGGUAAUACCUUUAAUGCGCUCCGAUGUAACUCGAUUUCGCAAAUCCUGUGCAACCGGCCGGCCGCGGUGUCAGCGUGUAGUUCGAUUUUCGUGACACUUCAUUAAUUACCAGAGCGCGUCUACCAUUUAAUUUAAUUAAUGUCCGCCAAUGUGUCACAGGCGGGGGCGACGGACGCGGGCGGGUACUGCGGGAUUCGCAGUUAAUACGCGAACUUUCCGCUGUCGCAUUUUUCACGGUUGUUGCAUUACGUUAAUUGAAACUUGCCAACGCCGCGAUCUUGCGAGCUUGUAAUUUUACAAGUGCGCGGCUUUUUUCCCGGGCGCAGUUACGUCAUUAACUCUUUCUACCGAUGCCGUUAUUUGUCUUGUUUUCUUGUUGCGCUUUCCGGACAGUUGCAUGGUACUUUUACUUCGCGUACCAUCAAGCGAGCUUUAAUUAAGGAGGAAGUUAAUUCGAGCUCUGGUUACUAGCAUGUAUAACGCGAAAAAUUUAUAAAGUCGUAUUAUUGGACGGAGGAAGAAAGAGGAAGAAAGAGAGAGAGAGAGAGAGAAAGAAAGAGAGAGAGAGAGAAAGGAAUACCGACUCUAGCUGUACAAUAGUUUCGAGAAAAAAAGCGCGCUUUACAUUCUCGGACGAGAAUCAGCGCCCGAGAACAGAGAACGCGCCGCUUUUCAUGCGCGCACUUUGUGCAGCUGAACGGGGUAAAAAUUAAAUGUACCCGGACGAGUUAACGCACAUGUUACCGCGUCCGGCAAUCUAAUGCCUCAAAGAAACGCACACAAACCGGUGAUGGCUCGUCGACAAGAAAAGCCGACGGUCUUGGGUAACACAUGGUAACAGCCAGCAGCAUGCGUUGAGAGCAACGGCUUGCGGCUGGCGCAACGGUGUAAGUUGUACCGUGGUAGGUAGGUAGAUAGGUAGAUAGGUAGGUAGGUAAGUAGAUGGGUAGGUAGGUGACGGAGGAUGGGUCGAGAUACAAAAGCUU